GCCGGAGGAGCCCGCCAGGCAGCACCAGGACGAUGCUGGGCCCCCGGAGCAGCCCCCUCCUCGCCUGCCUCCUGCUCAGCCUCGGCCCGCUGCUGGGAGCGCCCCCGCCCCCGAGGGACAGGCAGGUCCUGCGCGUGAAGAACGGCGGCAAGGAGGGCGACUGGGGCUGGGAGCAGUGCUGCCCCAACGGCACCUUGGCCCACGGCUUGUCCUUGAAGGUGGAUUUCGCAGAGGAUGGAGACCGCUCGGGGCUGAACGCCAUCAAGCUGCACUGCUCCGACGGCGCCACCAGCAUCACCUCCACCCAGGCGCCGUUUGGGGCCUGGACCCGCACUCGUUUCUGCGCCCGGGAGCACCUGGACGCUUUCGCCCUGCGAGUGCAGAGCGGGAGUGCCACCGACAAGCUGGCGGCCACCAACAUCCGCUUCAAGUGCUCCAGCACCGGCCAAGUCCUGGAGGGCGAGGGCUUGCCGGAGGGCGAGUUUGGCUCCUGGAGCGACGCCUGUGAGCCGCCGGGCAGAGGCAUCCGCUGCCUCACCACCCGGGUGCAGGACCCCACCGGGGCGAAGGACCAGACAGCCCUCAACGACGUCAUGUUCGUCUGCUGAGCACCAUCCCUCCCGCCCACCUCCGGGCAGGCCUGGGAGCCUCUUGCCCAGCAAGAAGAGCCUUGGAGGGAGAAGCCGCUGCCAGUCUGGGUAGACGAGGCUGAGCUUGAUGGCCCAGGCUCUGACUCAGCGGAAGGCAGCUCCCUCUGUCCCCAUGUCCCUAAUAAAGCCGAAGGAUUGACAGGACACACA